AUAGGCCGAGGGUGGAAAACAAUGGCUGUCUACGUGCCUUCGGCAGAGAGCUAAUGACACUUCCUUCUUCGUCCUAGCAGCAGUCUCAGACCCCGUUUCUGCGGAAGUCUCGCUUCGCUCCUGGGAUCGGGCGAUAGCCAACCCUCCCGCGCCCCACCUCGAUGCCGCAAUUCCAGAGAAGUUCAGUUCGCAUCAAGAACCCCACAAGAGUAGAAGAAAUCAUCUGUGGCCUUAUCAAAGGAGGAGCUGCCAAACUUCAGAUCAUAACGGACUUUGACAUGACACUAAGCAGGUUUUCCUACAGAGGGAAGAGAUGCCCCACAUGUCAUAAUGUCAUUGAUAAUUGUAAGCUGGUUACAGAUGACUGUCGAAGAAAGCUGCUGCAGCUGAAGGAGCAGUAUUACGCUAUUGAGGUGGACCCUGUGCUCACCGUGGAGGAGAAGUACCCCCACAUGGUGGAAUGGUAUACAAAGUCACAUGGACUGCUCGUUGAGCAAGGUAUACCGAAAGCUAAACUGAAGGAAAUUGUGGCAGAAUCUGAUGUGAUGCUUAAGGAGGGGUAUGAGAAUUUCUUCGAUAAGCUCCAACAGCACAGUAUCCCUGUGUUUAUAUUUUCGGCGGGUAUUGGUGAUGUUCUAGAGGAAGUUAUUCGUCAAGCUGGAGUUUAUCAUCCGAAUGUCAAAGUCGUGUCCAACUUCAUGGAUUUUGAUGAAAAUGGGGUGCUCAAAGGAUUUAAGGGAGAACUAAUUCAUGUAUUCAACAAACACGAUGGUGCCUUGAAGAAUACGGACUACUUCAGCCAGCUAAAGGAUAACAGCAACAUAAUUCUGCUGGGAGACUCCCAGGGAGACUUGCGGAUGGCAGAUGGGGUGGCCAAUGUUGAGCAUAUUCUGAAAAUCGGGUAUCUAAAUGAUAGGGUGGAGGAGCUAUUAGAAAAAUACAUGGACGCUUACGAUAUUGUCUUAGUAAAAGACGAGUCGCUGGAGGUGGCCAACGCCAUUCUGCAGAAGGUUCUGUAGCGGGUGUGGAGGGCCUCCUGCCUGCCGGAAGACAGACUUACGCGGACGCUCGGUGCGCAGCUGCAGCGUGCAGACCUGGUGCAUCCUCCAACUGGAAACUCCUCCACCUCUCAGUACACUCCACGCCGUGGUUUUUAAUCACUUAAAGAGAUUUACAGCCAGAAUUAGAAAAGUAACUCCUACUUUUCCAAGGUGAAUUUUGUAGUUUAAUGUUAUCAUGCAUUUUUUUUUUUUUUU